AUGCUCCGCCAGGCCAGAAGCAAGGUGACCUCGUCGUCCACCUCGGCCUUGGCGUACAAGACGUUGCACCGCAACCAGAAGCGCCCGGCCUUGCCCACGUUCGACACGCCCAACUGGUCCGCGGACGCCGCGGUGUCGUCGAUUCUCUACGAGACACCCGUGCCCUCCAAGGCCCCCCGGAAACAGCACGUGUUGAACUGCUUGGUGCAGAACGAGCCCGGCGUGUUGUCGUCCGUGUCGGGCACCUUGGCUGCGCGCGGCUUCAACAUCGACUCGCUUGUGGUGUGCAACACUGCGGUGAAGGACUUGUCGCGCAUGACCGUGGUGUUGCGUGGCCAGGACGCGGUCGUGGAGCAGGCGCGGCGCCAGAUCGAGGACUUGGUGCCGGUGUACGCGGUGUUGGACUACACCAACGCCGAGAUCGUGCAGCGCGAGUUGUUGUUGGCGCGGAUCUCGUUGUUGGGCCCCGAGUACUUCCAGGACUUGAUUGCCGCGCACAAGGAGUACGCCAGCGAGGGCUCCGCGCUCCCGGACUUGGCCGCGCGCGACAGCGAGUUCCACCCCAGCAACUUGGCGCCAUCCGCGGCGUUGAGGCAGAAGCACGCGCAUUUGCAGCACAUCUCGACCAUCGUGGACAAGUUCGGCGGCAAGGUCGUGGACAUCUCCGACCGCAACGUGGUGGUGGAGUUGAGCGCCAAGCCCUCGCGCGUGUCGUCGUUCAUCCAGUUGUUGCACCCGUUCGGCAUCUUGGAGAUCGCCCGCUCCGGCAUGAUGGCCUUGCCAAGGACCCCGUUGGAGGAGAGCUCGCCCAGCGACGAGGACGCGGUGGACGCCAACGACGUCGUGGACGCCUCGCAGUUGCCUCCGGGCUAG